AUGAAGGGAAAAGCUGAAGCGAAGCGGGUGCUAAAGAGGCUGCCUGUUAAGGGCCUUGGAGGGCACGUCCCUUCACCCAUAGCAGUAGCUGCAGAUGAACAUGGGAACCAGAAACUGCACCCCGAUGUGCUCCUCCAGUGUCCGAGUUCCACGCUGAAGGAUGAUGCCGAGUCCUGGGGCCACCCUCACGUCUCGCUGAGACCUCCCUUCAAUGUGCUGAACCAUCUGGCAGGAGAGCAACUGGAGCACCCCUUGGAGAGAACAAGAUCCUGCAUUCCUGUCAACAGUUCCAGAGCUCUCAAACACCAGUAUGGGCCACCACCUGCUGUUGCGGAAGAGUCCUUAGCAACAGCAGAAGUAAAUAGUUCUGAGGGGCUGGCAGGUGGGAGGCAGAGGGGACAGGAUUCUAUUAAUGUGUCCCAGGAAUUCUCUGGCGGCCUUUCUGCACUGAUGAUAGGGGGGACAAGGGUCAGCAAUGGGGGCAUUGAGAGAGGUGGCAGUAAUGCAAGGUUAUAUGUGGCCUUGCCACGAGGUCAAGGGCUCUUUCCAUCCAGAGGCCCACAAAUAAGAGGACCUCCACACAUCCCCACCCUUAGAUCGGGGAUAAUGAUGGAGCUGCCUCCAGGAAAGCAGAGAAUGGCCAGCAAGGAAAGGCUGGCCCACGUUUCUUUCCCACUGGGAGGCCGGCAGCACCCGGUGGAGAACCAGCCAAGGCCUAUUCCCUUGUCUUCCAGUACUCCAGGUUUACCUUCUUGUGCUACUGCUCAUUGCUUUAUCCCUCCUCGACCUCCGAGUUUCAGUCCAUUCCUCGCUAUGCCUAUCCCUUUUGCUCCUCCCCCAAUAUUUGGUCCUCCACUGCCUUCUUAUUUUGCCAAUUUCCAUUCCUGGGGCAUGCCAGCUCCUGCAUCCUCAAACAGAGAGAACAACUGAUGGCAAAAAAGGAGGAAACAAAAGGGUUGGG